AUGGGAAGGGUUGCCUUACUGGUCGGCAUCAAUGACUACACCGACGAAGUCGGAAAACUGCAACAUGCAGUGUCAGACAUGAAAGCAUGUGAAGAGGCGCUGACCAACAUUGGGUAUAGAUGUAUGACAUGCGAGAAUCAACCUCGCAGCAAAUUCCUCGAAACAUUUGGCAAUUUCCUUCAACUUGUCUGCGACGAUGAUAACACCGUUCUUUUCAACUUCAACGGGCAUUGCCAGCUUGUGAAUGAGAACGGCAACGAGAAACCAGCACUAAUUUUCGAUGGUCGAGGACAGCAGGAAGGCCGGCAUGUGAUGCUUGAAGAGGUAAUUGUGCAACUGAUGAGGGCCAAGUGCAGCUACGAUGCUGAAAUCCUACUGCUGAUGAACUGCUGCCGCAACUGCGAGAAGCCCGAGACAUCUCUAAAAAUAUUGAAUGAUGCGAGUCAUGUACAAGCCACCGGCAGGAACACCCAUGGUCGAGGUUUGACAAGCAUUUGGGCAUGUUCCAUUGGUUGCUGCGCUGCUGAUACCAGCAGCUUCCGGCAAGGAUUGUUGAGCUGUGUCGGACAAGAGUGUAACUUUUGGCAGUUGCACAGAAGUAUUUCUACCAAUGUGCGCUCCCACAACAUGAACAGAGGUUUCAUAUUGUGGCAGAGGCCCUGGAUCAGCUCAAACACCGGUUCCGAUCGAAACGACUUCUUCCUGCCAGAUUGGUCAAGGGCAAGAUUUGGGCAGAAAACAUAUCCUGGAGCUCGGCUUAAGCACUAUCCAGCCCAAAGCCAUCGGGAAACCCAAACAAGCUCGCGGAUGAUUACCCUACAAGCUACCCAAACAUCGUCCCCCCCUGCAGCCUCGAAUCCUGCCCCGCCCUCGCCCCUCCAAGCAGCUUCUGCUACGGUGGCCGCCGAAUGGCAAAGUCCGGCCCAGAGCCAUCAGGAAACGCAGACGAGCCCGCGCCGAACUCUCCAACAGUCCACCCAAACAUCGCCUCAGCAUCCCACUGCCCUUCCCACCCCAGUAGUCGGUCGUGCCGAUGCAGUCCGGCAGCCAGUACCGGAGAUUGCCCCAGGGCCGGUCCGAACGGUCGGACGGCCAGCCCUUCCCACGCCGGACCAUGUUCAAGCCCCUCUGAUGUUCAUAGUGUGUGCGAGCUUGCACCUGACCGUCUGGCUUCUCUUCGGGUGUGAUUGCAUAGAGCUGCAAUGCACCGGGUGGUCGUUCAAUUUGAUGACGAUAUCCAUGUUCUGGGCAGCCUUGAGCUACAGCCAACGAGGUCAGCAUGCAGAAACAUGGAUUGGUGCAGUCUUUUCUCGCCAUUGGCCAGUCGUCGAGAACUUCGCGGUGGGAUUAUGGUUUCCCUUUUUCGUAUCACUGGCGCAAGGCUAUGCAGACCAUGUGGAACGAGAUGGACAACGAAAGGCGGUCGGCUAUUGUGUGACGACAUUCCUCAUGACCGUUAUGGCAAAAGAUAUCGCGAAGGAAAUGUUUCGUGAAUGGCGUGCUGUGGCCACUCCCGCUGCGCUGGCGCAAGCUUUCAUCAUGUGGAGGCGAGUCUUUUUGUUUGCAUGUCUGCAGGUUUGUCCUGACAUUUAUGGGUGGUCUGUGGAAAGGUCUGGUAGGGCAGCGAAACCCUCCAGAGACAUUCACUGGCUUAGAGACAUUCAAUGGCUUAGAGACAUUCAAUGGCUUAGAGACAUUCACUGGCUUAUAGUAUGUGGGCUGGUAUUGACUUAUGUGCUCGAUUUCCGAUCCACGAGACGGAGUAAAGCCUUUACCCUUGUUUUGACUGGGUACUUGUGCUCGACAAUUCUUAAAGUCGCCGCCAUCAGGGGCAUCCUGUAUGCAUCCCUUGACGGGUGCAUAUCCUUCUGCUUUGCCAUGGCAAUGUGGAGAAAGGUAGCGCAGAAUUUCCACCCUCCGCAGUUGCCCAGCUAA